AACUGUAACUUUUCUCUGCGUUUAUUUCCGUAUAGUACCACGAAUCGCGGUUACUGUAUCGCUGCGCCCAGGCUUUAGCUUUAUUACGUUUGCAUCAAAAGCGCAGUCGCAUCCGGCACGGCCGGCGUACGGGUCUCCACCUCCCGGAUGCAUGGACACGCCGACCCCAAGCUUUAAAGCCUGCUUUACGGGGAAGGCUUGCAGUCGGGAUUGCCUUGUGAGCGCCGUGGGCUGCGGCGCGUCCGCCGGUUGCGGGGGCUCACUUCGCCUUGUCCGGUAUGGGGAAGCGGGACGUAGGAGUGGCACGGUUUCGGAGAGGUGAGCGGGAAGAUUAUCAUGGCCCUUAGCGACGGAAAUGGUGACGUCCCGCUUUUCAGCAAUGGCAGCAUCCCCGCAAGUGCUACCGGUGUUGACGUCGGCGCCCCUGCCUGGGACAGAGAGGCCUCCUCGCCACGGGGGCAGCCUCCCAGGGAGCCGACAUGCACAAAAGUGAGUCAGAACGGAGUCACCGGUCACCACAGCACCCUCCGGCUGUCCCUGCUGCCCGUAGACGCCCCAAGGCCCUCCACGUUUCUGCCCGCCUCCCUGCCUCCCCCGUGCUGCCAUCGCUGCCCAUUCCACCCCCCGCCCUGCUGCCAUGGCAACCAGCAGGAGUGCCACAUCUUCCCAAACCACCCGCCCCUCCAUACAGGCUGCAGUCACCAGGCCACACCAUCGCUGUGUUUGCACCACCGCUGGCAGGAGCACUUCCAGAACCAGCCGGCCGGGCCGGGCAUGGCCGCUGUCAGCCCGGCCAGAGCGCUCCGAUUCCCCAGAAGCUAUGCGGCCCUGAUUGCUGACUGGCCUGUGGUUGUGCUGGGGGUGUGUACCGUCCUUAUUGUGGUGUGUGCCUUGGUUGGGAUUCUCGUGCCGGACCUCCCUGACUUCUCUGAUCCACUUCUGGGGUUUGAACCGCGAGGCACUGCGAUUGGCCAGCGGCUAGUCACAUGGAACAACAUGGUGAAGAACACCGGGUAUAAGGCAACAUUGGCAAACUACCCAUUCAAAUACGCUGAUGAGCAGGCCAAAAGUCACCAAGAGGAUAGAUGGGCAGAGGACCACUUUGAGCGGAAGAAAAGGCAGGCAGAGUGGGACUUUGGCCGGGAUGGCCUGUUUUGCGAUGUGCCAGGUGACCGCUACUCCAGGCUGGUGUUUGCGUCUGCUGAGGGAAAGAACCUGUGGAACGUCCAAGCCAUCAAAUCCAUGUGCAACGUGGACAACAUCCGGGUUCGGUCACACCCCCAGUACUGGAAUCUUUGCCAGCGAACCUCUGACGUGUCCUGCUGCCCCAGCUGGACCCUGGGAAACUACAUCGCCCUACUGAACAACAGGUCAUCCUGUCAGAAGAUCACAGAACGCGACGUUUCUCACACACUGAAAAUCCUGCGCUCCUGCGCCAAGUACUACCACAAUGGGACCCUGGGCCCCGAGUGCUGGGACAUGGCCACUCGCAGGAAGGACCAGCUCAAGUGCGCCAACAUCCCCCGCAAGUGCACCAAAUACAAUGCCGUCUACCAGAUUCUGCAUUUCCUGGUGGACAAGGACUUCCUGAGUCCGAAGGCCUCUGAGCAUCCUGCUCCCGCCUUGAAGUACAGCAUGCUCUUUUCCCCGACAGAGAAAGGGGAGACCAUGAUGGACAUCUACCUGGACAACUUUGAGAAGUGGAACUCCUCGGAUGGCAUCACAACCAUCACAGGCAUCGAGUUUGGGAUCAAGCAUAACUUAUUCCAGGACUACCUGCUAACGGAUACUGUGUAUCCUGCCAUCGCCAUAGUGAUUGUGCUCGUCGUAAUGUGCGUCUACACAAAGUCCAUAUUCAUCACGCUGAUGACGAUGUUCGCCAUCAUCAGCUCGUUGAUUGUGUCCUACUUCCUGUACCGAGUCGUCUUCAACUUCGAGUUCUUUCCCUUCAUGAACCUGACCGCACUCAUCAUCCUAGUGGGCAUCGGCGCCGAUGAUGCCUUUGUGCUGUGCGACGUGUGGAACUACACAAAGGGUGACAAGCCAAACUGGGAGCUCUCCCAGACGGUGGGUGUCACCCUCCAGCACGCCGCCCUCUCCAUGUUUGUCACCAGCUUCACCACCGCCGCUGCCUUCUACGCCAACUACGUCAGCAACAUCACGGCAAUCCGCUGCUUCGGUGUCUAUGCGGGCACUGCCAUACUCGUCAACUAUGUCCUGAUGGUCACUUGGCUCCCAGCUGUGGUGGUCCUGCAUGAGCGCUACCUGCUCAACGUCUUCACCUGCUUCAGGGGUCCACAGCAGAGGGCCUAUGAUACCAAAAACAUAUGGACAUUUAUGUGCCAGAAAAUGGACAAGUGUCUGUUUACCAUCUCAAAAAUAUCAAGGAUAUUUUUUGAGAAGAUCCUGCCCUGCCUUGUGAUAAAAUUUCGGUAUGCCUGGCUACUUCUGUUCUUUGGCCUCACCGUAGGUGGUGCUUAUGUUGUGUGUGUUCACCCCAAAAUGAAGCUUCCUUCCCUGGAGCUGUCGGAGUUCCAGGUCUUCAGGUCCUCUCACCCAUUCGAGCGCUAUGACGCAGAGUACAAGAAACUCUUCAUGUUCGAGCGCGUCCACCAUGGAGAGGAACUUCACAUGCCAGUCAUUAUCAUAUGGGGGGUUACACCAGUUGACAACGGAGAUCCUCUUAACCCCAAAAACAAAGGGAAACUGACACUGGAUAGCACCUUCAACAUAGCCAGCCCAACCUCUCAGAUGUGGAUCUUGAACUUCUGCCAGAAACUGAGGAACCAGAGUUUCAUCCACCAGUCAGACAAGCAAGACUUCACCAGUUGCUUCAUGGAGACCUUCAAGCAGUGGAUGGAGAACCAGGACUGUGAUGAAGCCCCGGUUUACCCUUGCUGCAGCCAGUCGACUUUCCCCUACAAGCAGGAUGUGUUUGAGCUGUGUAUUAAAAGAGCUAUCAUGGAGUUGGACCGAAGUACAAUUUACCACUUGGACAGCAAGACGCCAGGCCCAAGGUUUGACAUCAAUGACACCAUUAGGGCUGUUGUUCUGGAGUUCCAGAGCAACUACCUCUUCACACUGGCCUAUGAGAAGAUGCACCAGUUUUACCGCGAAGUGGACUUCUGGAUAAAGGAGGAGCUCAAGACAGCCCCCGUGGGUCUCAGCUAUGGGUGGUUUGUCAGCAACCUGGAGUUUUACGACUUGCAGGACAGCCUGUCAGAUGGCACUCUCAUCGCCAUGGCUCUGUCAGUGGUUGUCGCCUUCAGUGUGAUGCUCCUCACCACAUGGAACAUUGUCAUAAGCCUCUAUGCCAUCAUAUCCAUAGCCGGAACCAUCUUUGUGACAGUGGGAUCCUUGGUGCUCCUUGGGUGGGAGCUAAACGUGUUGGAGUCGGUUACCAUCUCUGUGGCCGUGGGCCUCUCCGUCGACUUCGCUGUUCACUAUGGCGUGGCCUACCGCCUUUCACCGGAGUCGGACAGAGAGGGGAAGGUGGUGUUUUCCUUGAGCAGGAUGGGCUCCGCCAUUGCAAUGGCGGCCCUCACCACAUUUGUGGCAGGCGCCAUGAUGAUGCCGUCCACGGUGCUGGCCUACACUCAGCUGGGCACCUUCAUGAUGCUGAUCAUGUGCAUCAGCUGGGCCUUUGCCACCUUCUUCUUCCAGUGCUUGUGCAGGUGCCUUGGACCCCAGGGUGCGUGUGGCCAGAUUCCCCUGCCUAAGAAGCUCCGUUGCCACGCUUUCUCUGACCAGUCGGUAGGGGCUCCUGGAGUUUGGGGCCAGGGCAAGCUAUGCCAUGGCGGUAAGUACCAACUUGACAGCCGAGGGGGGGACGUGGCACAUGAGCAUUACGAGCUUGAACCACUGGCCUCCAACGUGGGGGGUGGGGAGAAGGGUGGGGCUGAGUACGCGAAGGUCUGCUCACGGCUUUGCAACGGCGCACCCCCCCAAAGCUCCUGCAUCCAAGCGCAUUUCCAAAGCAAAGAGGAGCCUGGUAGUACAGGGGGCCCAGAGAAUGUAGUGGGGAUGACUGCAGAGCUGACUCGGGGGGACCAGUACACCCCCCACAGGAACUGCAGCUGUGGGGAAGCCCACCAGUGUGUAGGCGUGCAGUGGACCCCCCGUUCCUGCCCCCAGGCUGGGGAAGAUGUCUGCAUGCAGUGCACCCCACGUCACACUAGUGCCCCGAAGGGUCAGUCUGCACUCUCAGCCCUGGAGGCCACAUACACAUUGGCAGAGUGUCGCACACACCAUGUACACCAUGCCCCCCCACACUACCGGACCAACAGACUGUGCCCCCACAGCUGCCCCCUCCGAAAUUACUGCACCUCCGCGGGCCAGGAGCAGGUCCAGCAGCAACCAGUGGUUGCUGUACCCAACAACUCCCCCAAGGCCCAUGGUGAGGAGGUGGGCCGUCACUAUGCAGGGCCCUGCUGCAUGAGCCCGGCCACAGACUCCAGAGAGGAGAAACCGGCCACCUGUGCAGAGGGAGGAGACAUAGAGCACACAGGGGUAUUACAGGAGGUGCACGGCAGGCGGGACCAGGCCGAGUCGGCGUCAGGCACACAAGAGGAGGACGGCAAGAAGGGCAAGCAGGCGCGAAAGGACAAGAAAGACAGGGCCUUACCUGCCUUCCCUAAGAAACUCUGUUUUAACAGAACUUUCAAAGCUAAGUGCAAUUCUGUCAACUCUCAGAAACCAAAAGCGGAAGCCAACGUGCCUGUUCUCGUGACAGACCCGAAACCCCCAGCGGAGAGUUUGUGUUAGUAUCAGACAGAGAAAUGGCCCCUUUCCCAGCCCGUCUCGCAUCGAGCGUCUGUGUGCAAUGUCCCUUUGCAAUUAAACAUUUGGGAUUUCACAGACCAGCGUGCCUCCUGUCUUUCAUACAAGCUCCAUGUGCUUGCGUCCUUUUCAACGGGCUAAAUGCCCCUAUUACUACACAAAGAAUACCUGCAGAAGCUUAAUUACAUUAAAUGCCUGCUUUUUUUACUUUCAUGUAAAUAAAAUGUAAUAAACUCUUUCGUUUUUGUUUGAAGACAAAGGAAUAUCUCACAUGCUACGUCCCUUAGGUGGGGCUUCAAAGAGUUUAACUUCUGUUCUGGAAGGUUUUCUGUCUGGUUGUCUGAUGCCUCCCAUCAAACGCCAUGAGUGAGUGAGAAGCCGAAAUGAGUGUGAAUUGGUUUAGGCAGAACUGGACACUAUACAUCUGUAUGCCUAUGAAUAAUGGCUACGCACCACCAUCCUUUGGAGAGAUAUAUAUAUAUAUAUAUAGCCUUUCAGAUCAUAUUUUUUUUGUAAUGGCAUUAUGUAUAACCAAGAAAAUGUAAAUGUUCUGAUAUUUAUGAUACAUUGAAGCUUAGUUAUACAUAGUGGUUAUGCAUACAGCCAUAUCUGAGUGUUUAUUAAUCAGCUGGACACUACAUAUUUUAGCUUGGGUUUGGUUCACAUGGGUUAUUCUCAGUACUAGAUACUAGUUAGUUACACAGGCUGGUUCAAAAUCACUUAGGACCCCUGGGUGAUGUUAAAAUAAUUCUCCCUGGCUGCUCUUACUAAAAUUAACCUAAUAUAUGUUUUGAAUAUACUAUUAUUGCGGCCUUUUUGUUUAUAUAGCAUUUGUACAGGAUUUUAUAUUGAGUGAUUUCGACACGGUAGGCUGUCAGACUAAGCCACUGGACUAAAAUGUUGUACCCAUGUUACUGUGUGGAGUGAAGCAGGGUUAAAAAUGAUCUUGUCUGUUAUCUUUUUUACAUCCGAAUUUUUUUUUUUUUUUUUUUUUUUUUUUUUUUAUAAGGAGAUUUUAUAUACUAGCAGGCGGGCAUCAGUCUUUCACCUGAGGUGCUGCAUUAUUACUUGUGGCUAUAUGGUGAACUGAAGGGUCAGUUGUUAGGUGAAUCUGUUCUAAGGUUAUACAUCUUUUCAUCUCAUUGUUCUGAGAGUUUGGGGUACCAUGCAAAGCAAACCCCGUUUUAAUAGGGGGAUAUGGCCAGCAGGCAGCAUAGUGGCUAAGGACAUGGAGUCAUAACCCUGAAGCUUGCUGGUUCAAGUCCCGGGAAAGCUGCUGUUGUAAUAACAUAAUAAAUUGGCUUGUAAUUGCAA